CAUUCUCUUGUAAUUUUUCAUCUAAUGCGGUGUAGCGAACUUUGUCGUUUGGAAGUAUAUUUGACCGAUUUACUAAGUGAUCAAAUUUAGAAAGAAUGCUCUUUGCUGUAACUUCGAGUCAUUAUUUGCUUGCAACGUUUGCGAUUUUUAGUGUCGUGCUGCUGCCGGUGCCGGGGAGCGGCCAUUUGUCAGACGUGACCAGCGAGACGAUGGCUUGCGCUUACCUCAUGGGAAGCGAACUGCCGGUGCGUGAGGCAGACCGCAUCUGUGACCAGUGUGUGCAACUCUUCCCGGUGCCCGACCUCGGCCGCCUGUGCAGGAAGUCGUGCUACAUCAACAUGGACUUCGCCGCUUGUGCCACGAUUGUCAACAAGGCGAGGGCAAGUGGGACACUGAGAGACUAGAAGGACGCCAUACUUGUGAAAUUAGAAUUCAUUAAAGAUGUUGUUAUAAUAAAGAA